UUUUUGGAUGGCGUAGUCAGAUGGGGGUUAGGAUUGACAUGUCAAAUAUUUUUUAUGCUUCGCCUACUAGAAGUACGUUAGGUACGAAACUACACGAGACCCGCAUUUUUCUCAUUUCAUGUUUAAUUCGAUAAUUUGAUGUGAUUUUGAUAUUUCAAUAUUUAAUUAUGUGACAUUGAAAAAUUUAUUAUACACAGAUAUAUUGGUUGUUACCAUGAUUAGGAGCAAAGCUAAUCGGCCAGUGGUAAACCCACUGGAAUCAUUGCAAAGUUAGUUACGGUAUAGGAAAAACGGCAAUGUCUUUUGAAAAAGUAAUAGCUAAAGUCAAUGAACACACAAAGAAGUGCACUGAUUUUUAUGACCUUGCGGAACACCUCAAUAUUUUUGAGAAAAAGUUGAAUGUUGAUGUCACUCCCCAGUUGAAAAAGGUUGAAUUCUAUGGAGGGGGAAGAAUACCUGAUUAUGAAUAUAGUUUGGAAAAAACAGAAAGUCUUGGUCAAUAUUCAAUCAAGGAGAAUGAAAUUAAAUCAGAUGUGAAGCUUGACCAAGUACUCAAUGACUUCAGACAAGGUCAUAUCUGUUUGGUUGGGCCAGCAGGAUGUGGUAAAACAACCCUUAUGAAAGCAACAUCAAAAAAGGUUCUAGAUGGCAAAUAUUUUCGUGGAAUUAUAAAGAUGGUCCAAUGCAUGGAAUGUGGAAUGUUCAACAAGGACGAUAAACUAACAGCCAGUGAAUUCAUUUUCACUUCUUCAAACCUCACAAAAGAAGAGACGGGAUUAGCGGUUACAUAUACAAACGAAAAUCCAGAUAAAGUUUUAUUUAUGAUUGACUCCUUAGAUACGCUCACAUAUUCGCCGGACGGAGUCUAUGAAAUAAUCGACAUAAGUGAACCAGCAUAUCCUGAAGUGAUAGUAUGGAAUCUUCUGUCGGGAAACCUAUUCCCUGGAUGCUGCAUUAUAAGCUCCACCCGUGAGCAUGCAAUCAGGAAUUAUCGCGGUGAAGUUCGGCCAGGAAUCGUUAUCGCACUUGCUGGAUUGAGCAUCGAAUCAAUUAAAGAAAUCAUCGCAGGAUAUGGAGGAAAUGAGGAAGCAGAGAAAACCGUUGAAUAUCUUAAAACCAAAGCUCCAUUACUGUUAUUGUUAUGCACUACACCUGUGAUGCUUGUUUUUACACUUAUCAGUUUAAAAAUCAAUCCUGACCUCAAGCCUCGCACUAUGACUGGAAUAAUGGUUCUUGUUAUGCAAUGUAUAUUACGUUCCCCGCAUUUCCUCCUGGAGAAAGUUUCAGAAGAUUUUCACUCCCAACAUCAAAGCAUUCUGGAAUUUCUACACGCAUUAAAUAUUCUGCGAAUGGAUUUAGAAUCUUUCAAGGAGAUGGUAGCGAAAGAUCUACAUACGAGUGCCUAUGUUUUUGUUCGCGAAAUGGUUUGUGGAUUAUUAUUGGAUUGUGAAGUUUUUGAAAUGACUGGAAUUUUACUUGAAGGAAUGGGCAACCUGAAAGAAAAGCAAAGUAUUUUGAGAACAAGUUUAAGAUCACAAUUGAAAAAUACGACCAAUGCAUCAGAUUAUAUGGAACUUCUGAAUGCAUUAAAUGAAGCUAAAGAUGGAAUAGAUGACAUAAUUGGAUCAUCUUUGCAUCGGAUUCAUCUUUCCAACUAUCCCCUCACAAUGAAUGACGCUUAUGUUAUCAGUUCCGUAGCUUCCCUCUGCAGAUCGUUAGCAAUGAAUCUCUCUUCUUGCAAUCUCAACUCAAACUUACUCAAAAUUAUGGAAACUGAAUUGAAAGAUUCCAAGGUUGAGAUCAAGGUAUUAUUGCUAAAUGGAAACAAAGAUAUGGGAAUCAAAGGUUUGUUGUCGGUUGGUCGAAUACUUUCCAACCAAUCUUUCAUCGAUGAGCUAAACUUGAGCAACUGCAACAUCUCAUGGAGACAACUGAAAGCUUUCAAAUCAACAUUAGGGAACACAGAGAUUGAACAGUUGGAUUUGAGUGGAAAACGUAUCGCAAGCCAUAAAGAUGUUGUGGCAGUAGCAAAUCUGCUUCCUAAUAUCACUAAGGAUUUAUUUCUGGAUGGAUGGGAAAUCAAAAACGAAGAUAAAGAAAUAUUGCAGAUAAAGUGGAAUGAAAUUAGUUCCGAGAAACUAUUGAUUUGGCUUCCAGAAGAAGAGAUGAGACAUGAGAGCGAUCCACCACGUGCUACUCCUGAACAAACUAUAUUGAAUACAGAUUCUGUUCUUCCCAAGAUCAAAAAUUUUUGGUCUCAAGUAAGUGGUUCUACCAUACUCUUGACCUGGAAUGAAGUCCUAGGAAAUGACAUUCUAUACAAAAUAGAAGUUUUCUGUGAUGAUGUGAAGCUCAAAGAAACUCUCACAACGUCAUUUCCUCAGUGUGGAAUGAAAUCACCAAUGCCUGGUAGACAAUAUCGCUUCCAAGUAUGGGCCGAGGAUUCUCUAGGCAACUUUGGAGCCAAAACCCAGUCAAAGAAUGUUAUUAAAAUUGAAAAUAUUGGAAUUGAAGGAGGCUCAAUGAUCUUGAAUGAAUGUGAUAUUACAUUCCCUCCCGGGACGUUUAACAAACAAACAGUAGUAUCGAUCUCUGCUGCAUUAGACAACUCAAUAUGCCCAGAUGGUUAUAUCUGUGUCUCACCAGUAUUCAAUAUCAGUGCGGAAUCUAAAUUUCUAAAUGAUGCAACUAUGCGUAUCAAAUCUUGGUGCUUCGGUUCAAAUGAAGUCGACAUCCUCCACUUUUCACCUGAAAAUACUUGGAGCGUCAUCAAACCCGACCAAAUUUCAAACGAUGGAAUUAUAGAAUUUCGAUGCAGAGAGUUCAGUCCAGUAACUGCUGCCCUCAAGUGGUUGGUUGGGAUGAUUUGGCGACCACAAAUUGUUGUCGACAAUCGUCUCUAUAUUUUGAAUGGAAACGAAUUUCACUUUACAUUCUACGCCAAGUCCGAGACUGCUCGUGAUGACGUCAGAUUUUACUACAAGGAACUAGGGGCUCAGCUCGCUCCUGUUUGGUUCGAUCCGGUCGUCUUAAAAUCAGCCGAACGAGUUCGCAUUGGUGUACAAAUACAACUGGGCCCAGAGAAUGUACAAAUGCAACAAGUACACUUGCAGUUUGAUCAACCCCAUGUCCAAUUUACUUGUAAUGAAGAAUUUCUAUUGGCGCAACGGCACAAUUUCACUUUUCGACUUUUUCCCAAAUUACAGGAAUUCCCCGAAAGAAUAAUUGAAUGCAGAAUUGAUAAAAAUGAAAUAGAGUGUGGCAGACGGAAUUUUACUUUUCCACUGCAACCAAUUGGUGGCGAUCAAGCAGGACAACGUCCGAUGAACUUUUAUGGAGAUUUCUUGGGUGAAGUCCAUAUGAUGGGACAAGGGAAUGAACAUGUUCAGCAAGUACUACAGGAGGCACAGAAUGAACAGAUAGAAGCAAAUGAACAAGUUAAUGAACAAGAGUUGGCCAUAAAUGAACCACUAAUGAUGGAAGAUGAAGAAUUGGAUCUUUGUUGAAUGACUGGAAUUUUGGGCUCUCAGUUUGCUAUGCAUUUUCAGGAUUUUCAAUAUAAUCUACUAUUCCGAAAUUAUUUUAAAAUGAUCAAUAGAUGAAAAAGAAGAAUUUAUAGAAGGUAAUGUAUAUCCAAUGAGUUCAAAUUUGGAUAUACAGGAUGGUAAAACAAACAAUGAUUUUUAUUGGUUCUUUAUUGUUUCAAGUUUUUAGAAAUUGAAUGUUUUGGUCACACUGGGACAAACAUGAUCUUUUUAAAAUGGGACUGUUCUAAGUUAUCCCUAUAUUCCAAAAUAUCUGUGGAACUGAAUAAAUGUCAAUUCUAUCUCAAUUUUCCAUAUUUUCACUUGCUCGAAUUUUUGACUUAAUUAGAAAACUGCUUGUUCAGCGCUUAAAACUGGGUUGCAGAGCCCAAUACAUUCCAUUUGAUGGACAAUUAUCAAUCAAUUAAAAGAAAGUGUUUGAUUUGUCACUGGUGUGGUUUUUAAUUUUUAAAUAUGUCGAAAUAUUGUUUCAAGGAUUGUUGGCUGGACUGCUCUAAUUUUUUUAUGAUGAUGCUAUAAGUUAUGCUGGACCAGCAAUUUUUUAUUACUGAUUUAAGAUCUCACCAUGAGUUUAUAUUCAUAUUAUUGACCUAUUAUUUAUUCAUAUAAACUAUUCAAUUAUUUUUCUUCAUUGACUGUACAUUGAAAAAUCUAUGCAAUAGUUGAUUAUGCUUCACAACCAUUCUGUAUUAUCCAAAAUAUAUUUGUAAUCA